CGCCACACGGCGCAGUUGAACGCGCGGAAUUCGGUACCCUGUGCGAACUUCACUCCUAACCGUCUGGUGUACUGUGAAGGCAUAUCGAUAAAGCGAGCAAAGUAUUGCAACACGUUGAUUAUUGCAAUUAACACGUUGUUUCGUCGAAGUGUAAAUAGAAGUGCUCGGUCUACAGUACACGAUCGGAGCGUGAUUGAUCGUUGCAAUUGAUUUGGUCGUUCGGUUUUGAAAUAUCUGUGCAAAAUGAUGCACACGAUGAGCGAGCACACGGCAGGAUCUGGCGGACUGGGUGUCAGUGUGCUUCCCUUCGACGGGAUGGGUUUGUUCGAACAACAACGACCCAGAUUCCUCUUCAAGAUGCCCAAGGUUGUUCCCAAUCAAAAAGCCAAGUUCGAGACGGAGGAACUAUUCAGGCGACUGAGUCGUGAAAGCGAGGUGAGAUACACUGGUUACCGAGACAGACCAGUCGAAGAACGCCAAGUACGCUUCCAAAAUGGCUGUCGAGAGGGCUACACGGAGAUCGCGUUCGCCGCAACUGGAACAAACCUCCAACUUGUUUUUGGCAACGCUUCCGGAAAUUACGCCAGUGAUAUCAACGACUGCGAUUUCGAAAAGGAACGUGGCAAGGUGCACCUCAGAUCUCGCCUAAUAAUGAACGGAGUGUGCGUGAUGUGGCGUGGAUGGAUCGACCUGGAGAGGUUGGACGGUGUCGGUUGCCUGGAAUACGACGAGAAACGCGCCGCUGAAGAGGACGCUCUUCUCCGCGACCAAUUAGAACGCUACAAUCAACGGGUGCGCGAUUUCGACGAGAAACAGAGGGCGUACAGAACCGGAGCUACCCAACCGCCUCAUUUGAACCAUCAUCACCAUCACCACCAUCAUCACCACGGUCAUCACGGCCACCACGUGACCGGAACUGGCGCUGGAGCCACCGGAACCAUCGAGCCUCAUCUCACCCACCGGCAAGAUCCCGAAAUGGAAGUGAGACUGAGAGCCUACUGAGGCUCCGAGAAAGCGACCAACGAAACCACUUGACUCCUCUUCGAUCUGGGAUUAUUACUUCCGGAACGCCCUCGAGCCAGCCUGAAACCAACAGAAGCAACGAGCUACGAGAGAUCUCCUGGGAGGAAUCUGGACGACGGUUUGACCCACGUUCAUAAGAUGUUCAAGUUCUUUGGAGUGUAACCGAGGCUAAAUCCUGUCAUUUGUAAGAGAUUGAGAAACGCGAUGAGAUAUGUUGGCAAUGAUUUCAUUUGCAAUGCUUUUGGUACUUUCUUCAUCGAACAUGUUUGAGCUGACUCUCCGAAAUAAUGAAACUUUCGAGGCGCGAGCCAGACAAUUUUGUUGUCUGGAGCGUUAGAUUUUUAUUCAUUUGCUCGGAAUUUUCGGUUUAAAUCCGAACAUUUUUGAGGAUCGAUUCCUUAAUAUAUAGUAUUGGAAAGUUCCUGAAAGAGGAAAGAGGUCUGAAUUUGUCUCUUUGAAGUUGCACAGAACGGGAUCGCUUUCGACAUUUCUGACAAAGUUAUUCAUGUACAAACAUUUCGCGCGUCUUACCUUCCAAAGUCUCGCGUUUCUCAAAACUCGUCGCGUUUUUCUCGAGAUAUCCUCGUCACCAAAUUCUUCCCAAAGAAUCGUUGCACGUUGACGAUGUAUCAUCCCUGACGACAAAUUUUGUAAUCAACAGACGUCACGAUCAGUCGCCAAACACCAAAAAAAAAAAAAAAAA